ACUGGACUCGUUACGUGGCCGGAUUUCUGGACCAGUACCGCCAGUUCCUUAUUCUACGAUAUCACGAGAAUUACUGUACCAACCCUGGCAGCACGUAAGAGUUCCGAGUCAGGGAUUAUGCUUUACGAUAAAUCACGACAUGCUCGAGACAUGCUGCUCGCGCUAUUCUACAAUUUCUUCGGGCCAGAUUUCUACUACCCUUUGAUGAGUCAAGGUGCCGAAGGUGAAGGCGAUAAAGAAACAUUCCUGCAAGCUGCUCUGGUGAUGGAUGCACCAUUUUACGAUGUCAAGAGCCCAGUGAGGAUAAUGGGGAAAUGGCUGGAUGGGACAUGGCAUUCGGCAGGUAUGAUGCAGGCGGAUCCGCGGGAGGAUUGGGAGCUUUUCCAUAAAAUAGGAGCUGAGUCCAAGGACUUGAAAGCCCGGUAUAACGAAAAGGGGGUAUUGGAAAUGAGUAACAAACCCACUGAUAAUAGAGCGGGAAAGGAUAGAGGGAAGGCAGCGGCUCCGUUCUUCAUUCACAAUAACAUUGCCAAACUAGACGCUGAACGACUCGUGCAGCCAGAUAGCACCUUGCUUGAGACAAAUCGGACAGGGCACAUGCAGCGGAUCUGGGGCGAGCCAGAAGCACUGAUUGAAGAUUUCGGUUAUGAUGUGGAGAAAAUUCUUUGGGAGGAGCUGAUCGUUGCGGGAUGCCAGUCAAUGGCCAAAAAACACUGUUCGAGACUCCUUCGAAUGUCGGAAAGCGUAAUAGGUGAAGCUUGGAUCAAUCCACGCCUCCCGCGCUAGGUAUAUUAUGGGGAACAUUUUC